CGCGGGCUGGGCCCGGCUCCGCCCCGCGGCUGCGCACACGCCCGAUCCGGGGCUCAGCGCCGGCAGCUGCGUCGCUCCGGAGCCUCCGGUUCUGCCGCUGUGCCGUGCCCGGCCCGGCCCGCGCACCCGCGCCGCAGACAUGGGAAAAUCACUUUCUCACCUGCCUAUGCAUACAUGCAAGGAAGAUGGCUAUGAUGGAAGCUCAGUGUCUGAUAACGUGAGGAAUGGUUUAGUUCACUCAGAAGUGCACAAUGAAGACAGCAGAUGUGGAGAUGUGUCUCAGUUUCCCUAUGUGGAAUUUACAGGAAGGGACAGUGUCACCUGCCCAACCUGCCAAGGAACAGGAAGAAUUCCACGAGGGCAGGAAAAUCAGCUGGUAGCCUUAAUUCCAUACAGUGAUCAGAGACUGAGGCCAAGAAGAACAAAGCUCUAUGUGACUGCUUCUGUAACUGUGUGUUUACUACUCUCUGGACUGGCUGUAUUUUUCUUGUUUCCUCGCUCAAUUGAUGUUCAGUACAUUGGUGUGAAGUCGGUUUAUGUCACUUACGAACAGGAAAGACGGAUAAUCUAUCUCAAUAUUACAAACACACUUAAUAUAACGAAUAACAACUACUACUCUGUUGAAGUGGCAAAUAUCACAGCCCAAGUUCAGUUUUCAAAAACAGUUAUUGGCAAAGCACGGUUAAACAACAUUACCAACAUUGGUCCACUGGAUAUGAAACAGAUUGAUUAUAUGGUGCCCACAGUCAUACAAGAUGAAAUGAGCUACAUGUAUGACUUCUGUACUUUACCAUCUAUCAAAGUACAUAACAUAGUAGUGAUGAUGCAAGUGACAGUGACAACCUCGUACUUAGGCCACCCUGAGCAAAUAUCCCAGGAGAGAUACCAGUAUGUGGACUGUGGAGGAAACACGACCUACCAGCUGGGCCAGUCAGAAUAUUUAAAUGUCCUUCAGCCUCCACAGUAAAAGCACCUGUUGGUUGGUGUGGAAUGACUGCAGUUGGUGCUUGCAGGGAUCCAUUGGAUAGAACUGGUGUUCCAUGGAGUGGAGAGUACAUGUGAUGUACAGCAUAGCAAACAUGGAGAUCUGUACACUUUAGAUGCAAGGAGGGAAAGGUGCAAAUUGUAAAUAGGUGCACUUGUUAAAUGUUGUGUUUUCCCCUUCUGUUUGCUUUCUGUUACUGUAAGCACUUCUGUCAAGUUGUGUGGUGGGGGGAGAGGGGGAAUAUCAGAUUCUUGAACAGAAAUGGAACUUUUCCUUACAGUGUGGUACAUCAACUUAGAGUAACUGUGUGUAUGUCUGUGUUUAGGUGAAAUGUGUCACUAAUGAGCAUUUUCAAAAAGUAAUACUCAUAAUUUUUCAGUUUAUACUUCAGUUCUUGAUAUUUGACUAUUGAAAAUGGAAUGUUACUACUUAAAUAACAAGAUUACUUUGAGAUAUCUGGGUAUGAAAUUUUUGUUAGUAACCCAGUGACAGUAGUUCUUUAUUUUGGGAUUCUACACUUUAUUUGCUGUCCAUGGUUAGAGGUGACAUGCAGUCUAUGAAAGCCAGGAAAGCUCUCUUGGAUGACACUAUAGUUGAAUGUGCAGUUUCUAGAAUCUGGCAUAUUUUCAUUCAUAUUCCCUCUUGAUACCUCUGGGAUGUUAUAAGGAGAAUAUAUAUUGUUAGAUUUAAAGAAACAACCCCCACAACAAUUACUGACAAGGAAAAAUACAAGACUCUAGAAAACAAACAAGACUUUACUAGUCUGUUUUUUAGUGAGCUUUUUAGAACAGGUAUUAAAAUCAAGAUUGUGCAUUUGGAACUAGAUGGGCAACUUUGAGCAUGGGUUUGGAGAGCUUGGUGUAAAUUUUUGUGAUUUUUACUGUUUUAAUAUAUUAUGUACCUAAGCAACUUUUAAGUGUUAAUGUGUUGGGUUGUGUUCAUUUCUCGCGCAGGCUCAGUAAGCAAAUGCAGUAGUUAUCUGUACCUCCAGAGCACUCAAUGGUCACAUCAAAGUUAUCUAAGGGAAGAUGAAGCAAUUCUUUCUGUAGGAGUAAAUGCUUAUGUAAUUGUGAGAUUACUGACUGACAGCACAAAAUAGUUUCUGUAGCACAGUUUGCACAUGUGAAUUUCUAGGGUAAUUGUCAAUCAUGAUGAUUAUAAACUUUGGGUCCAAAGUUGUUUGACUCCUGAAGGCUGACUGUUCUGAGGGUUAAUUUUUUAAUUAGCUAGAUCAGGAUUGUUUUAUUUCUGAAUUAGGUGAGAUGCAGCUGUAAGUAGGUACUGUUGAGACUGUUGCAUUGUAAUGAAAAAUGUAUUUUUUUAAAUAGGUAUUACUGGUUUUUUGCUGCCUAUCUCCUGGAAAUAAGCUACACGAAAUGAAUUGGCAAAAAACACAAUAGAAAAAGGCUUCUGAGUAACUUGCUACUAACAAUCUCUGAUGCCCCAGUGCUUCAGUAAAGAUAGAUGUCUACAUUAUUCUCUUAUUUGCUGUCCUCUCUUAGAUGGACCUAAGGGGGGGGUGGGGAAAAAUGUGGGUGAUGUACCCCUGAUUUAAGAGACAUUAAGUAACCAUAAUAAACCCCUAAAUCCCCCCCCCACCAUGUGAAUUGCUAUGAGCACUUACUCUAGAGUCUGUGAAAACCUUUGGAACUUCAACUGUCAUAUAGCUGUUGUCAUAUAUCAGUUUCAUAUAGUUGUUGAUAAGAUUAAGACUUCAUCUUCUGCCUUAGAGAAUUUCUGUAACUGCAGUAGUCAAUUGAGUUUACUUAUUGUAGUUAUAUUCCAAAGAUUAUUCUUGAUUUUGGGCUCUUAAAAGUGAAUAUUCUUUAUUACAGCUCACAGUCAUGAGGGAAACUAGGCCACAACUGACUCACCUUUCUAGAGUUUAGAUGAGGUUCAGUCCUGUAGCUGCUAAAAUGCAUUUAUAAGCUUGUCUGAUAGCCUGAAAAGAUACAGGUGAUAGCUAAAGACCAGGAGAGUGGGGAGCUGGCUAGAAGCAGAGUGGUAAACUCAUAAUACCUGUUGUAGAAAGAUAUGCUGUUAAUGGCAAGUAAGGAGAGAAUUCUGGUUUAAAUCAUAUCAGAACUGAAGUCUGCCAGCAAGUGACACAGGCUCUUUUCCUCUAGACUUAAAUAUUUACACACUGGAGUGUUGUUUUUGUUUGGGGGUUAUUGUUUGUGGUUUUUGAAAUAGAAAAAGAAGAAAACAACUGUAGGCAGAUAGUUAUAUUGACUUAAACCAAAUUUUUCUUCCAAGGGUGAAAAGUAAUCUAAAAUAACUGGAAUGGCACAAAGAUCAAAUUAUUUGGUGACAGUAGUCAAUGCUGCUUUUGCACAAGCAUGGCGGGGUUAAGUUACACUUCAUGUAAUGUUGAGACUCAAAGUUGCUUUAGAAAUUUUGGUGGACAUGCUGAGCAAAAUCAGUACUUAAAUCUGUGAUUCUUAACCUUGCAUGAAGUGCUUGGAAUUCUCUGAUUUAAAUUAAAGAAUUGAGUGGAGUCAUUCUUUCCAUGUAUGUGUCAGAAGAGAGAGGAUAAAACUCAGGUUAUUUUAAUCUAGGAUAUCUAAACAUCAAUUUGUGAUAGACUUACCGAAUGAUGAAAAGUUCUCAUCUUAAGAAACAAACUGGGUUAAAAAUCCCACUGAAUUCUCAAAUUAAAUCAAUAAUGGGAGAAUAAAGGGCUUAAGGUUCCAAGUGCUAGUAUUCCCUUGCACAACUGUCAGUAUAUUACUAACCAAAUAAGGCAAGUAUUUCAAUUUAUCUACUGAUUUUAAUAUAGCAUCUCAUCAGAUAAACAGGUAAACAUCUUGUGACUAUUUAACUUGUACUUGCUUUAUGUGACCAAGCUUGGAAACAUGCUAAAGGAGCAAGAGAACUCACUAUUAACUUGUAUAACUUUGUAAACAAGGUAUCAGUAUAGAUCCAAGUGCCAGACCUUUUGUUUUUCACAUUCGUUUUAUCUUGAUCUUAAAAUAAAAAAGGCAAGCCUUUCAGUUCAGUUGUAAAUCAAUAAAUAGAAUUCUCUCCAGAAAGUCAACUUGAAAAAUUAAAGGGUUUUUUUCCUGGGUUUUUUUAUGUGUGUUUUCUGAACUGAUUCAUAUUUCAUUCAUAUCUUCCUCUUUCUUCAAACACUAUCAAAUACCUUUAUGCUGAUAUUGCAGUGUGUGUAUUUCUGGUAGAAUUCUUUUCACUUGAAUAUUUUGUAGCAAUUCCUUUGCCAAAACCUGUUGCACUUUAAAAUAGAAGCUCUGAUAGUUAUUUCUGAAAACAGUAAGAAAUAUAGUUCGGAUGUUGCACUGUAAUGGCACUAUUGAAAAUCAGCUUAAUGUAUUCUGUUUAAAAUAACUAUAAAAUUUCAAAAAUUUAACUGAAGUAUGGAACACUUAAAUGCGUAAGAAUGUUGACUGUUUGACCAUUGGAGAACAAAGUUAUUGUACGUUUCAAAUAUACUGCUUUAAAAAUAAAAGAAUUAAUAAAUAACCAUCCAAGAUCCAAACCAUCAAAGAUCUAAUCAUCAAAUAUCUAUCUGGAGAGAUUUAAAGGGAAGCAGCCUUAUUAAAAGAUGAAAUACCUGACAUUUCUGAAUUUCUGUUGUGGGAAAAAGCCUGUAGAAGUUAAUUCAUAAUUUCUUUACUCAUCUCAAUGUCAUAGGGAUGGUUGCUUAAUUCCUAAUCUUUUGUGAAGACAAACCAUAAGUAUAUUUUUUCUCUGUGGUGUAACUUUGAAGUUCUUAAUGCACUUCUGAUGUGUGCAUGACCUGGAUGUUAACAUUUUAGUGUUUAUAUUUUGCAGCCUGAUAUUGGCAGAUUUGAGUACAUGUUUUAGUUGACUUUGCUUCAAAUUGUCCUUGAACUUCUGUAGUGAAUAUAUUUUUUCAUAAUAGUGCAUUGCAAACAUGCUGGGCUUUUUAGCAUGUGGUUUAUAAAGGGAGCCAUUUAAACACCAAACCUCUAAGUGCUUGGAUUAAACCAUGAGGGUCUUUAACCUGACUGAAGUUCUGUGCCCUCAUGAUGGAAAGGAUGGUGCUUGGAGUGGUAUAAAAGAAAUUUCUAUAUUCAGAAAAUGCUAAAAGGGAGAUAGUGUUAUUCAGCAUUUAAGGUUUCCCUCUUUUUUCCUCCUUUUUUUUUUUUUCAGGGGUGGUAGUUGUGGUUUUGUUUUUCCUCCCACCCCGCUAAUCUAUAGCAAGACAUCUGUCUGUUCCCAGACAGCACCUUCUGAAAUGGGUGACUUGUUCCAGAGCUGGGCAGCUGCAGGAAGCUUCACUUCAGCUGAAUUGCACUUGCAGAGUUAAGAGAUGAGAAAGACCAGCAGUGGUACCUCUAACAACUAUGAACUACACUUGCCUGUCUAAAAUGACACGACCCUAGUAAUUCUUCCAGGCUUUCCUCUACUGAAAGGGAAGGAUAAAUAAAGCAAGUGCAACCAAUAUACUUCAGCAAUGUACUACUUGCAACCAGCAAAAUAUUUGUUAGUGAUGGCCCUGGUCACACCAAAAAGUCUCCUUUUUUUAUUUUGGCCCAGGGAAGGAGGAAUAGAUCCCAGCCAAAAGAUAUUGAGAACAAAGAUUUGGCUGUGGCAAAACGCAAUGUCUGUUCCACUUCAGAAGUCACCUACCUAUUUUAGGUGAAUUGUGAUCAUUACCAGAGGGGUGUUUUGGGGUAGUUCUAUUACCUACAGCUUUUGCCAUGGGAAUCUGCUUUUCCAUGGGUAGGCAGGCCUGUUGGCCAGGAAAACCAGUCUGCAUGGGAUCUGCACAUGUGUGGAGAGCCCUUCAGUCUAGUGGGAGACUGUUCAGUGGGAGUAACAUCCUGAUCCUCAUACUCUCCUCCUCCAGCCAUCACAAGGGUCCUACAGCUUGGAUGCAUGUGUUUCCUGGGUACUGAAACUGCUUUUGCUUUGCAUGGGCAGGGAUGUUUAGUACCACACAUGUCGGUGUAUUAUGGUGCCUGAGUAUUUUGGGUCUGACUAACUGUGGUUUAGUUCUUUUGUUUGUUUUAAGGAAGCAAAUUUAACUGCUGUUAACAUCCAAUGUACAGAGUGUGCAUAUAAUAGCUUGAGAUAUGUAUAGAAAUACUAAUGGGUGAUAACUAUUUUUGUAACUUAAGAUGUUCUUGUAAGUGUGUAGCAAACAAUCUAUCCAGUAAAGCAUGAUAAACACUCUAGAAGUCAAAGAGUAUUUUGGAAUGACUUGUAGGACACAGAAGCUAUGUUAACGUAAGCUAACUGGGGCGCAAGGGAUGUUGUUAUUCAGAGGUUCAAAAUCUGGGCCUAACCUUAUUAUGAAUAUGUUUCUAGACAGGAUUGUUUGACUCAAAGAAUUAUAUUAAAUUUUCUAUUUUAAAAGCUUGGAUCACGUAUAUAUUUUUUUUUAACUGACUUAGUAUUUUUCUCCCCUUCUUCCCUGUCUCCCACAAGUUUUCCCUCUAUCUCACCAUAUUUUCCCUCUAGCUUUCAUGUAUUUUCAAGGAUAUUACUUCAAUUUUUGUAACUUGGCAUUCCAUGAUGUGAAGACUUUGCAAUCUACUUUUUUUAUACUAUGUUUUAUUGUGUUAAGCCUGUAAUAAACUUGAGUAUCUGAAAGCUGAA